AUGGCAAAACGGACCUUGGAUUCCUUCUUCCAACGUGCAAGAAGCCCACCCCAGAAACGGAGCAAACCGAGCGAGGUCAACCACCCGCAGGAGGACCAAGGCCCUGCGAGCCAACAUCCCACGUAUCCAUCUCCAAUUGCACAGCUACCAUCGCACAUUGAAGUCGGACUUGUGCACACAACACCUGCUAGCACGCCGCGCGCCAUCAACAACCAGCCGCAUCUAGACUUGCUGUACUUCCAGCCUUACAUCGCCCGCACAACCGCCAACGAGCUCUUCAAGUUCUUGCGGCGCGAAAUCCCCUUCUACCGGGUGCAAUACAACAUCCGACGCGGUGGCACAGAAACACAAGUCAACACCCCGCGCUUCACGACCGUCUUCGGCGUGGACGAAACAUCCAAAUUUGUGCUUCGGUCCAGUGCCAACACCAAUCCCAACAGGCCCCAAACCAACACAUCAACGCCCAGCCACGAGGAUCCUUCCGCUAGCUUAAUCCUGGUUGACUCGAGCACUAACGAACCAAUCCCCGCGUCCCCAAAAUACCAAAGAACUCCGCGGCCGAUUCCCACGUGUCUGGAUCUGCUGCGGAGGCAAGUCGAAGAGAUCUCCCAAACGACAUAUAAUUUCUGCCUGGUCAACUAUUACGCCAGUGGCGAGGACAGCAUCGCCUUCCACUCGGAUGACGAGCGGUUCCUUGGACCCAACCCGACCAUCGCGUCGUUGUCCCUGGGUGCCGAGCGGGAGUUUCUCAUGAAACACAAGCCGGCGGUGACACCGGAGGCUGGAAGGAGCACCCCGGGCGCGGGUCCUCCCCCACAUUCGAAAUCGAAUUCCGCGGCCAAUUUGAACUCUGGCGGGUCAUGUUCCCAGCCUCUGAAACUGGGGCUUGCAUCGGGCGACAUGGUCAUCAUGCGUGGAGCGACGCAGUCGAAUUGGCUGCAUAGUAUCCCCAAGCGGAAGGGGAAGGCAGCGGAGAGAAGGAUUCAGGGAAGAAUCAAUAUCACGUUUCGCAAGGCGGUGGUGCCGGCGGGCACGAAUAACUACUAUCAUUAUAAUGUGGGCGACGGAGGGGUGUUUCGAUGGGAUGAGAUACAGGGCCGGAUGAUUCCGUCCGAUUGA